GGCGAGGUGGCGGCUCGGCUGUGCACCCAGAACAGCCAUCGUUACCUGAGAGUCGGCGGAAUCGGGCUGCUGUGGUCAGCGGUGUCUGGGCCUAAGAUGGCGGCGGUAGCAAUGGUGGAGGUAUGGACAGGAGAUCGAGCAGCCGGGCUGUUCUCUUCCCAUCCAACGGAUGUGUCGUCAUCACGCACACCACUCAGCGUGCGCACGUCGGAGGACAACGUCAUCCCGCAAGGCGAGUACGUGAAGUCAUCGCACAGGACAGCAUGGACGUCACAGGCCUUGCCUUCCACUGUGGUUUCACCGGUGAUUGAGCUGGCGGUUGGAAGAAGGACGUCCAGCAGAGGAUUGCGGUCGGGCCAGGAGGCCAGCCGCGCGUCCCCCCUUACCUCUCCAGGGUCCUGUUCCGGUUCGGAGGAGGAAGAAGCCCAGCAUCCUCAGGCAGUGAGCAUUGCGCCAGCACUUGAGAUGCGCUAG